AGGAGAAGCAUUUCAGGAGAGAAAAAUCUGCAUAAUCACUGAUACAGUAGGUAAAGAAAGUACAGAACUUGACUUGUCAUCUGCUUAGAUCAGUUAAAAAAACUAAUAUCUUCUUUGCCAAUGUGUAUUACUACAUUUAAAUGUUCAAACCCACAUUGUCAUCACGCUGAUUCUUCCUCUGAUUCAUGAAAUGUUGGAAUAAACUUGUCCGAGUUUCCUUUGCUUUCUCUUCUUUGAAAGGUACAAAUUUCUCCAUAUCUGCUGUUCUAAAUGUUCCAGCCUUGUUGCCUUUUACUCCCAGAAAGAAAGAGAGUGAACCCUUCUCUGUCGACUCAAAGCCCAGUGUUUAUUAAAGCUCAUAUCCUGGAAACCCUUUGUUCUCGUGCACCAGCACUUGAGCUCUGCUGCAAUAGCAAUUCAGGUCACUCUAGUCAUUGUCUUUCAGGUGAUGAAGGUCAGCAGAAGGUGACACUGUAUAUAAUACAUAUCACUGCAGGUUACUGAGUUUGUCUGAAGUUAAGGAUUUAAACUGGAUUUUGAAGAAACACCUCCGAAAUUUUGCAAGGCAGCCAUGAUGGGCUCUAUUGGGACCCAAGAUGGUUUCUAUGGCAACGGUCUAUACGCUGUUGACCUCGUUCAGUGUCUUUUUCAGACAGCAGUCAGAGGACGCACGGUCGCAACGGCAGCGAUAAUAAUGGACUGAUCAACACACACAUGUUCAGAUUUAAGGGCCAUGGACACAGACAUCAUACCAAAAUUUUCCUCUAAAGAUGAGGAGAUUGACUUCUGGAAGACUCUGUGUCUUAAAUACAAGCAAGGCUGCCAGGAGGCUCAGGAGGAGCUGAUGGAGUUUCAGGAGGGAAGCAGGGAGCUGGAGGCUGAGCUGGAGGCUCAGCUGGGCCAGGCUGAGCAUCGUAUGAAAGACCUUCAUUCUGAGAACCAAAGACUGAAGAAUGAGGUGGAAAUACUUAAGGAGAGGUUAGAGCAUCAGUACUCCCAGGGCUACAAGCAGAUCUCCAUGCUGGAGGACGACCUUGGUCAAACACGUAGCAUCAAAGAGCAGCUCCACAAAUAUGUCAGAGAGCUGGAACAGUCCAACGAUGACUUGGAGAGAGCCAAAAGAGCCACGAUUGUGUCUCUGGAGAACUUUGAGCAGCGUCUGAACCAGGCCAUCGAGAGGAAUGCCUUCCUGGAGAGUGAGCUGGAUGAGAAGGAGUCUCUCUUGGUGUCUGUGCAGAGACUGAAGGAUGAAGCCAGAGACCUGCGACAAGAGCUAGCUGUGAAGGAGAGACAGACCGAUGUCACCAGGAUGUCUGCUCCCAGUUCGCCCACACAGGACAAUGUGAAGAUGGACACUGCAGUGCAGGCCUCAUUGUCACUUCCUGCCACCCCACUGAGUAAAGGUCUGGACAAGGCCUUUGCUAACCCAGCAGUUUUGUCAAACAUCUAUGGCAGCAACUCACCGCUGACUCCCUCUGCCAGAAUAUCAGCCCUGAACAUCGUCAGUGAUCUACUCCGCAAAGUAGGGGCUCUGGAGUCCAAACUUGCUGCUUGCAGGAACUUUGCAAAGGACCAGAAAGCGAGGAAGACAUACUCUUUCGAUAACAGCAACGCACUUAAUGCAAACAUGACCAACUACUCAAGGUCGCUAAGUACUUCUUACUUUGAUAAAGCGAACAUGAAUGGACUGGAGACUGCUCACCUCACAGCCAUUACUGUCCCUCCUGCUGCCUCCUCUCCAGGGUUAGUGCCCCUCACUGUGUGACACAAACCACCUUUAUGAACUUCAGCUAAAACCUUUAAACCCAUAUGCAAGAAGAGUUUAGACGAAGACUGAACACAGUUGGUGUAUAACACGGUGGUCCAGAUGAUCCCAGUGUCUCUCUUCAUCUUUUCCCUCUGUCUUUGUAGUAGACACUCUCACGCCUGUGCUUCAUCCCUGCUGUAAUUAUGGGUGUGUAUCUGUAUUUACCUGUAUGUGUCACUGUAUCACCUCUAAAUCACUGGGUUGUAUAAAGACAAUGAAGUUCCUCUCUACUGUUGACACAGGAUUUCAACAGGCUUCAGCUGAUUUGCAAAAUGACUGCUAAUAGUCUUGAAGAGAAACGUUAUGCAAUUCCUUAUGGUCAAAUCAAUGAUUUGGUAAAUUUAUUUUUUUUAACUAAUACUUUUUCAAUUGCAAUAACUUUAUUAGUGAUAAUGCAUUCACAACUGCAGCAUUGAAUGCAAAUCAAGGGUGAUGCGAUAUACUGUAUAGGUCAUUUUUGAUGCCGAUUCAAUGUUUCAAGCUUUAUCUAGUUGAAGAUUUAAAUUACUAUCUUUGUUUUUUGCAGUUUUCUCACCAGCUUUAACCUGAACUUUGAGCUAUUAGCAAAGGGGUAAUGGAAGUCUCUGUGUCACUGUUUAGGGCCAAAUGUGUCAUUAACUUCUGAACUUUGUGUCAUGAUGUGCACAGUAUUGGUCAUAUUGAUCGUUAUUUAUAGACUGCCAGGUGAAGUUGUGAUGUCCUCGUGUUCAGAGUAGGUAAGCAGCUUGUAUUCUGUAGUCUUUGUUUUUAUCUUGUUCAAAUCUGGCUUUUUUGUUUCAAAUUUAUUACAAAACUCAAUUUCAGUAACAGACAAGUAAAGCACUUCGACCUCGAGUUACACAAAAUGUCACUUUUUUUCCUGUCUAUUCAAGUGCAAUAUUGCUUGUGUGGGUUUAUUUCAGAUUUCUUAAGUAGCAUGUUUUAAUAAAUGUUGUUUAAAGUUGUUCGCUAUUUAUUCAACGUAAUUGUUAAUUUUUAUGUAGCUUUUAUGUAGCUCAUACUGGAAAGAAUACACUGGCCUAGAAUUAAGGAUUAAUUACUAGACCUCUUACCAGCAAUUUCCUUCAAUCCCCCCCCCCAAUCAUAGCAUCCAUUAUAGAAAUUAUAUCAUCUUAUGCAGUAAUGUUAAUUCAUAGUUAUUUAAUAUUACCUUUUGGACACAGUAUUAUCUUAUAUAUGUCUGUUAUUGUGUGAAGACACUAUGAACCUGUGCACCUCGAGAAAACGCACACGUACACGAGGAGAACAUGCCUACUGGAUACAGGAGGACCAUCCAGUUACCACCGGACCGGCGAUCUUCUUCCUGUAAGGCGAGUACUAACUACUGUACUAACUACUUGUUCCAUCCCUUUCAGGUUACAAACGCCUGUAGAAAGAAGGACGUCAACUAGUGUCUAUUUGAGCAAAUGCCGCCCUCUGUUGGGCAAGAAUGUAACUCGUAGUCAAAAGAGCAUAUCAGGAAUUGUGUUUAUUUAUCAUUCAAAAAUCUAAACAGACCAUAUAUAAUAAAUCAGUUAUAUAUUAAUGUGUGAACAUCAGAUUUUUGUAUGACGGACUUCGGCGGCGCUUAUAUUGACUGUAUAGAUGAUGUUUGCACAUGACAAUUCCAAAGCCUUCACGUGUCACACAUGAA